AUGGGAAGUGCAGCUGCCCCGGCGACGUUGCGCGUGGCGGUUGCCCAGUACGAACCGGAAUGGCUCGACUUGUCAGCUUCGGUCGAAAAGACGUGUUCGAUCAUCACCGAGGCGGCGAAGAAGGGGGCAAAGAUCGUGGGGUUCUCAGAGGCGUUCAUCCCGGGGUAUCCAGCGUGGAUAUGGCAUCGACCGGUAGACCCCGGCCUAGCGACGCGCUACAUCCAAAACUCUCUGGCCGUGAACUCUGACGAGAUGCGCACGAUCCAGUCGUGCGCGGCCCAAAACGGCAUCGUCGUCGCCCUGGGGUUUUCCGAGAACGACAACAACUCGGUGUACAUCGCGCAAGCGAUCAUCGACGCGGACGGCAAGAUGCUGAUGCAUCGACGGAAGCUGAAGCCGACGCACAUGGAGCGCACCAUCUUUGGCGACGCGUCGGGCAACAGUCUGAUGAAUGUGGUGGCCACAAAGACCGGUAAGAGGGUGGGCAGUUUGGCGUGCUGGGAGCACUGUCAGCCGCUCCUAAAGUACCACACCGCGACGCAGCGCGAGGACAUUCACGUCGCGGGCUGGCCGCCUUUGAGCCCGCACGCGGGGCCGGAGCUGUGGUCCAUGUCGAUGGAAGGCUGCCAGAAUCUCUCCCAAACAUACGCCAUUGAGACGCAGACGUUUGUCCUCCACGCCACCACCGUGCUCGGGCCCAAGGGCAUCGAACUCAUGGGCACCGGCCAGGCCAUGCUUAUGAAUGCUCCUGGAGGGGGCUACUCCUGUGUCAUUGGACCCGACGGGCGCAUCCUGUCGGAACCACUCGAGGCCAAAUCGGAGGGUUUGGUCAUUGCCGAUAUCGACCCCAGCAUGGCCAUCAUGGCCCGCAGCUUCCUCGACAUCUGCGGCCAUUACAGUCGCCCGGACCUGUUGUGGUUGGGGUGUGAUACGAGGGAGAGGAAGCACAAGGUCGACACACCUCGGCCGGGCGCGGAGGAGAAGGUUGUGGACGAGGAGUAA